CGUGCUCUCAACGUGCAAAAAGGAACUCCACCCACGGCGGACUGAAUUGAUGCCUCAUCACACAAACCAACGACAUCAGCGCGAAUCAGAGUAGAGUCAGGGGCCACCAUGACUACACAUGCAUCAGCGAGUGUCAUCAUCUUCAUCUUGUGUUUAUCGGGAUACUGCCUUGCUAGCCGAAAACUUCUUGUGUUUUUGAUCGAUGGAUUCCGUUAUGAUUACAUCGAUGAUCUGGAAGCCUUUCCCGGAUUUAAAGAAAUUGUGGAAAAUGGCGUCAAAGUGGAUUACACGACUCCCGAUUUCCCAAGCCUGUCAUACCCAAAUUACUACUCUCUUAUGACUGGCCGAAACAGUGAAGUCCAUCAGAUUAUCGGAAAUUACAUGUGGGACUCGGUCACGAUGAAGGAGUUCCUCAUCGGCACCAAUCCCGACAGCCGCCUGAGAAUGUGGUGGGACGGCUCGGAGCCGAUCUGGGUGACCAUGCAGAAGCUGAAGAGGAACGUCUACAUGUACUACUGGCCUGGUUGCGAGGUGGACAUCCUGGGUGUGAGACCAGCACACUGUGAGGAGUAUGUCUACAACCCAUCUGAGAAAAACUUUACCGACUCCAUUGAGAAAGCUCUCAAUGCCUUAAGCAGUGGCAGGGCGGACAUGGCGGGCGUGUACUACGAGAAGAUCGACGUGGAAGGGCACCACUACGGCCCCCUGUCCCCUCAGGUGCGGGCGACAAUCGGCGGACUGGACCUCGCCUUUCGGACUCUGAACCAAAGGAUCAAGGAGAAAAACCUGCACAAGGACCUCAAUGUAAUGCUGUUCUCUGACCACGGCAUGACGGACAUCAAGUGGAUGGACAAAAUAAUCGAGCUGCAGCUGUACAUAAACAUGUCAGAUAUUGUCAAAAUGAUGGACAGGGGUCCCGUCGUUAGCCUUUGGCCCAAGCAGGCGAAAUAUGAACUGAUAUACAGAAGGCUCAGUGUUGCGGAGAACAUGAAUGUCUACAAGAGAGAGGAGAUCCCUGAUCGUUACCAUUAUAAGAACGGCAAGUUUGUCUCCACGCUGACCUUGGUGGCUGACCCUGGCUGGUUUAUUACAGAGAGCAAGUCCAAGCUGCCGUUCUGGAAGAACGGAAGCGGAGAGCCGCAGGGCUGGCAGCACGGUUGGCACGGUUACGACAACGAGUUCGUGGACAUGAGGGGGUUCUUCCUGGCGCAGGGACCAGACUUUAAGAAGAAUCUGCGGGCCGGUCCGAUCCGGACGGUGGAUGUGUACAACCUGAUGUGCCACACGCUGGGCAUCCGGGCUCUGCCCAACAACGGGUCCUGGCCCAGGGUGGAGUACAUGCUGAGCCCCUCGUUUUCAGGGGGGGGUCGACCCGUCCCACUGCUUGGUUCUGUCCUGGGACCGGUGCUGCUGGUGCUGUCUCUCCGGGCGUAGGUGCAUGGCCAGCUUUAACUGUAGCAGGCCUUGCAUAUACUGUGGGGAAAAAAACCAAAACAAAGCAAAUUACUGUAAUUCAAAUCAUUUUUACAGACAUGGUAAGGUUUUAUUAUUUCCUUAGAAGUUGACAGUGGCAGUUUUUGUGUUUUUCUUGGGGAAGGGUCAGUCAACACGCACACGCACACACAGGCACCCACACACACACGCAUGCACACACGCAUCCACACACAAUGUACAAAAAACCUUUCCCAUACAUUUGCUUCAUCAGGAAUGUUUUUGGGGCUCCCAAGGGGCCUAGUUCAGGACCCAAACUUGACCGAAUAUGACUUGAGGUCCCCAGCAGUGGCAUCCAAGUGACCUUGUCCCAUAGCGGGUAGGGUUCCCGAAGUUACUGUACUGCUACUGUAUAUCAGGUCCACCAAAUAACAGACCCACAGGUUGCCAGUCUUCUCCCAAUCGGUGCUAGCUCUCUUCUGUAGUACCAUGUGAACUGUUGGGUGCACUACGCUCACUCGUAGUGCAUCAGGAGAGUGUGUCUGUAACAGCUGUAAUGUGGGUAUGUGGGCGGGGAGGGCAUAGCAGCAAUUAGAACUUAACCCCUUGAAGAGUAGGUUUUUAUAAUGUUUUUUUCCCCAAACUUCUGAGUCAGUGUUCUAGAACCCCA